UCAUUUAACCAAAAACGCUGCCGUUUUUGGUUAAAUAAGUUCAUUUCCUUCCUAAAUUCCCAAUCGCGCAAAAAUGUUCCAGACCAGACUUUAUUUUUCCACACAGCGUAAAAAGUGUUUGUUUUUCCAAAUCGUGUAAAAAGAGUACACUUCCGGUUCCAGUUCCAGUUCCAGACCUCCGCCAUCUGAAGUUUCGGCCUGCAGUUGCUCUCUGGUUCCGUCGACAACGACAAGGGUUUCUCAAGCGUUUUUGUUCAAGUCUUCUACGGCGAUAGAAGAUUCCACUGAUCGGGAGUUCUACGGCGAGAAGUUUGACGACGGCGGCGACGUGGACGACAGAAAUAUAUUUCUGAAUAUGACGUCAAGAAGGGUAGAACCAUCUGGAGCAAGUCGAGCUUCAUCGCAAGCAUCUACUGCAAGCACGAUGGCUCCUUCUAUAUGUGCAUCUGUUAAAAGAAAAUUUGUGCAAAUUGAAGCACCUAUUGAUGAUGUGGAUAUUGAUUUGGCUGCAAUAGGAGAUUUUGAUGUCUCAGCUUCAAGUGAAGAAGUUGAAGAAACUGAACGUCCUGAAAGCCAAACGGAAGCACCACCUGCACCUCCUGUUAUUCCAUCUACAAAGAGGAGGAAAACAUCAGCUGUUUGGGAGUGUUAUCCAGAAGAUUUGUUUGUUACUGUUGGUGAUGCUACAUUUGCGGUUUGCAAAUAUUGCCAGAAAAAGCUGAAAUUGCAAAAGACCAAGGCUACUUCCCAUUUGACACGACAUAUGGGUCAAUGUAUUGAAAGGAAGAAAGCAUUGGGAAAAGACUUAGUGGUGGGGGGACAAACUAUUUUGGGUUUUGAGCGUUCAACCUUAGGGGUGUCUACUCCAACUGUGGUGAAAACAAAGACUAAUUAUGAGCAUCCUAAGGUUCGAGAGGCCUUAGCCCACAUGGUUAUGAUAUCUGAGUUGCCGUUUAAUUUUGUCGAGCACCCCGACUUCAUUAAUUUUUGUCACGUUCUGCAACCUUUUUAUGAAAAAGUUGGAAGAAAACAAGUAAAAGCUGAUUGCAUUAGGGUUUAUCAAGCAGAACGUGAGAGAUUGAAGAAAACUUUUCAGGAGACUAGAAGGAUCAGUAUUACUACUGAUCUUUGGAAGUCAGAUCACCAAAAUAUUGAGUACAUGGUACUCACAGCCCAUUGGGUGGACCAGUCGUGGUCGUUAAAUAAACAAAUUAUAAAUUUUGUGCACCUACCUCCACCUAGAAGAGGGGUAGACAUUGCAACAGCAAUUUUUGAUUGUCUAAAGGGUUGGGGGAUUGAACAUAAGGUGGAAACUGUCACAGUAGACAAUGCUUCUGCAAAUGAUAAUUGUGUUAAAAGAUUGAAAGAAGAUUUUCAAAUGCAGAGAUCAUUGUUGUGUGAUGGAAAACUUUUCCAUGUUAGGUGCACUGCCCAUAUUAUAAAUUUGUUGGUUCAGGAUGGGGUGGCCGUGAUUAAACCCAUCAUAGACAAUAUUCGGGAAAGUGUGAAGUUUGUAAAAGCUAGUGAGGCAAGGCAAAAAACUUUUGCCAAAAUUGCUAUGCAGUGUGGAAUUAAAGAGAGGAAGCUAGUUUUGGAUUGUGCUACACGAUGGAAUAGCACAUACCAAAUGCUAAUGACAGCACUGCAGUUUAGAGAGGUCUUUCUUCGGUUUAUGUUUGUUGAGUCGAGUUAUACAUAUUGCCCGACAAGGGAAGAGUGGGAGAGACUGGAGGUCGUCUGUGACUUUUUGGAAAUAUUUGAUGAUAUAACAAAAUUAAUUUCUGGGUCACAGUAUACAACUGCAAAUAGAUAUUUUCAAGAAGUGUUUAGGAUAAAAGAGGUCUUGAGAGAGCGAGAAUUUGAUGAAGAUUAUUCUAUAUCAAUGAUGGUGCGAGCAAUGUCAGAAAAAUUUGACAAAUAUUGGGGUGAAGUGAAUUUCCUUAUGGCGAUUGCUAGCAUCAUGGAUCCCAGGAUAAAGUUUUUCAUGAUUACUUUGGCAUUUCCCACUUUAUAUGGUGAAGAAAAUGCCCCUGUGGAGAUAGAAAAUGUCAAAAGGGCGUUAGAAAAAUUAUACGAAGAAUACGUUGACAUGUCGUCAUCAGGAAAUUCAUCAACCGCAUUUGCACAUCCACAACGUCAGCCAAAGACCCAACAAGCACCAUCAAGUAUAUCAGGUAAAUCAUCAAGCUCUCGAUAUUCAGAGACUAGACAUUAUAGUCCUGCAUAUAGUUGGAUGCGUUUGAAGGAUCAUAAGGAGAAAACAUACUCAGGAGAAACUAAGAAGUCUGAGUUGGAAAUGUAUUUGGACGAACAUUGUGUUGAGAUAUCUGAUGAUGUUAACUCAGCGGACUUUAAUGUGCUUCACUGGUGGAGAGAAAAUCAAUAUAAGUAUAAAGUGCUUUCACAAAUGGCAGUCGAUAUCUUAGCAAUCCCUAUUACAACAGUGGCUUCGGAGAGCGCAUUUAGUGCGGGUAGUAGAGUGAUUGACCCGUACAGGUCAAAUCUAUCUCCAGAAACAGUUAACAUGCUCAUGUGUGGUGCUGAUUGGAUGAGAACACGUUAUAAUAUGAAGAAACAAGAUGAGAUUGAAGUUGAAAACGAGAUUGCUGAGAUUAUAUUGCCAGAUAAAUUUUGACUGGGUUGCCUCAUCAGCAAAAUUAUCAGGGAGAAAAUUACUGGAUCAGUGGCUGUGACUUGUCUCAUCAGAAGGGGUGCUCAUUUGUUCAAGCAGUUUUUAAUGGUGUGCCCUAAACUGAUUGAUAGAUUUAAAGAAAGGGAAGAAAAUGUCAAGUAGCUUUCAAGUUGUCCAGGAGAAAAGCAGAUGACAAUCUAAAGAUUCUUCACUCAGUACUUUUUGGGAAGAAAACAAAGGCACAUGCCCUAAAGAAAAAUAUUGGCCAGUUUUCAGGAUAUGUAUGGGCUGAGAAUGAGGGGAAAAUUGAGAAAUGCAGCAUGGAAACAUUGUUAGGUUACAGGAUGUUGUACACAUUUAUAAGACUUGGAUUUGAAGAAGCACAUGGAUUCAAGCCCAGAUUUCGCGAAGGAUCCACGUUUAAUAAAAACAUUCCUAUACCAGAUUCUCCGUGGCAUUGCCUACUGCCAUUCUCAUAGGGUUCUUCAUCGGGAUUUGAAACCACAAAAUUUGCUGAUAGAUCGCCGUACAAAUGCAUUAAAGCUUGCAGAUUUUGGGCUGGCCAGAGCAUUUGGUAUACCUGUUAGGACAUUUACACGAGGUUGUGACACUGUGGUACAGAGCACCUGAAAUACUGCUAGGAUCUCGUCAUUACUCUACUCCAGUUGAUGUGUGGUCGGUGGGAUGUAUAUUUGCUGAGAUGGUGAACCAACGGCCGUUAUUUCCUGGAGAUUC